GUAAAACAAGGAAGAGGGUAGGGGGGACACCACCAAAUGUACAUUUCAAAGAAUAUAUGACAUUGAUUAUCCUUGACUAAUUAAUCAAGAAGCACCAGAUUAUUAACCUGUAAACAUAAAAUUGUUAUUUCGUCCAUUGAAUAGAUAUGUUCAUCGUAGUUGUUUUCCCUGAAACUGAAGAGGUGGAACUCAUUCCAGAUAAUUGGCUUCUUAAAUCUCAAAACAAAGCACUAUGGCCCCCAUUUCGGUCGCUUGCAGCAAUUUCGAAAGCAGUGAGGGAUAAGCUGAAGCCAGACUUAAUGACUUGGGAGAGUUUCCGCAUUAGAGUGCUGUAUCGCUGUGAGACUUACGAAGAAGGGCAUCGUAAAGCUAAGUUGGCAGAGGAGACUUCAGACCUACAAACAGCAGAAGAACUUGAGGACGGUCAAAAGAAGACUAGAAAACGCCGCAGGCCAGUUCAGUGGACAUCAAGUGAUGAAGACAGCGAUGGAGACAGCAUCAAACAAAUUCCGUCUUCAGCUGCGAAGGCAGCAAGACCUCUACCACCACCAAGACCCACGCCACCACCAAGACCUCAGCCACCAUCCGUUCCUACCCCUCCCAGUUCACUCGUUCACUCUUCUGGUGACAGGCAGCAGCAGAGGCAGCAGCAGGACCCCCUAAUGACCACAGGUGCAUCUAGAAGAUCAAGUGGAGCAAGUGAAAUUGGUGCAACUGUCACUCCCCGGGCGAUUUUGAAAGCAGUUUGUGAGGUCCAAGUAAUGGCCAAGACUUUCUUGGAACAACAGGAAUUGCAAAACAAACUUCUACACCAAAUUUUGCGUAAGAUUGGGGACACUUCCACAGCUGAGGACUUUACCCUGCCAGAAAACCUUCAACUGCCUCUGGGGAGCAUCAUUGAAGUGGAAAACAUUGAAGAACAGCUGCAACAGCCUGACUUCAAGGCAUCCCUGGGGAACUACCUGUCAAAGAUAGGUGGCAGCGAUUUGAAGGAAGUUGCUAGACGUAUCAUGACAAACGUUUUCAGCCACGAGGUCGCUUUGAAGUUCAACUGGGCGGGGAAGGUGGGAUGGAAGGGUAAUGGCGAGGUGAAAAGAGCUUUCAACAACCUGGCAUUGUGUGCGUCUAUUACAAGUAAGUACUAUACUUGUUUAUAAAUAAACAUAUAUUUUACAAGGUGACCCAGCCAUAUCAGGUUUAUGUCUGUUGUAAAGCAAGGGAAGAAUAUCCGUGUACUGCACGAAAGGCUCUGCACAUGGCUGGCUGUAAUGAGUAGAAAUAUCCAAUAUCUGCGAAAUAUGAAAUUGCUUCAAAUCUCUGUUAAACCCAACCGUGAGAAAGAGAAAUGAACAAAUUUAACAUAAUAUAAUGGUCAACACAUAACU